CGCUCAUCUCCAGCUCACUCCCACUCUCACUCUCACUGUUUAUUGUCUUGUUAUUUGUGGCAGUGGCUUUUACAGCUUCCCAUUGACGAUCGGCCAGCGCUUGCCUCUUGUCACCCAGCUACCCCACUCUAGUUUGAGAAAAUCCCACGAUCCUCAGCUAAACCAUCAUCAUCAACAACCCGAUCCAAUUUCAAACAACCCAUCGAACCCCACCCGAACCAAACCAACCCAACCCAACCCCUCCCAACCAACCCCCGAAAUCGAAAUCGAAAUCAAAAAUCGAACCAAAAUGUCCCAACUCAACUACCGCACAAUCAACAUCGACGUCCUGGACCCCGACGCCUCGAUCAACUUUCCGAUGGACACGCUGCUGCCGGCGACGCUGCCGGCGCCGACGACCUCGAGCGCGGCCGCCGCCGUGGCCGGCGAGGUGCGCCAGCUGCUGCGCGGCGGGGACCCGGCGGCGGCGCUGCGGCACGUGCUGGACACGGCGCCCCUGGGCGGCGACGAGCGCGCCAAGGAGGUGCACCUGGCGGCCGUGACCGAGGUGUUGCAGGGCAUCCGGCAGGCGGAGAUGAGCCGCGUGCUGGAGGGGGUGUGCACCGGCCAGGACGGCGGGGCCGAGCGCGCCGACUGUUUGAUGAAGUAUCUCUACAAAGGCAUGGCCUCCCCCGUCUCCGCGCAAACCCCCCGCAAAUCCGUCUCCCCGCAGAGUACGGGGUUCUCGCAGAUCCAGGGCCGCAAUCUGGGCGAGGGGGGCGGCGGACAGCAGAUGAGUGUGCUGUUGAGCUGGCAUGAGAAGUUGGUGGAGUUGGUGGGGACGGGGUCGAUUGUGCGGGUGAUGACGGAUCGGAGGACUGUUUAGUUUUUUUUUUGUUAAUACUUUGUGGUAAGAAUGGGAGAGCGAUGAGGCUAUACCUAUACCUCAUAUUUUCAUCGUCAGUGCCAAGUUGACCGUAUAUAUUGUGCGCCUCUUUUUGUUUUGGGACUAUAUCAUACAACACACUCCCAG